AUGAGAAAAGUUUGGCUUGCUGCUGCUCUGGUGUGCCUGGCUCUCUGUGUGAGGGUCAACCCUGUCCCGAUCUGUGCUUUUGGACAGACUGGGUGCCGUACGCCUUCCCUGGCAGAGCUGUUCGAGCGACUCAUACAACAGUCCUCAAGGAUGAACGGCAUCUCCACUGACCUGCACUCUGAAUUUGAGCGAUAUUUCCUUCCGAACAAGAACUUUUUGGGAAAUCGGAGGUGCCACACAUACGGCAUCACAACACCAGAUGACAAAGAGAACGCUCAAAGACUAGGGAGGGAACAACUGACAAAGGUGAUUCUCAGGCUGCUGGAGGCCUGGAGUGACCCUCUGUCACAGCUCUACUGGAGCAUGUCUCUUGACCAAAAUCAGAACUUCAACCACGACACCUCCAACAAGGCGCUGGAGAUCACGGACAUGGUGCAGGAGCUGAGGGGCGGAGUGGCAAAAAUGGCUGAGAAGAUGAAGCAAGAAGGAGUGUUAAGCAACGCUGUGAUUUAUGUCUCUCCGGAGAGUUUGGUCCCCUCGUCUCCAUCGCCUUUCUAUCGACGAGAAAAACUCAAGUCGAUGGACCAUCAUGACCUACUGUACUGCUUCCGCAGAGACUCCAACAAAGUCCAAAAUUACCUCCAGGUUUUGAGGUGCACCACCCUUCCCGAGUUGAACUGUUGA